GAGGUACCGCCAAAAAUGCCUUUAUUACUGAGUCCGAUAGUUAAAACCAUGUGUAUGAUGGAGCAAAAGGAGAGUUUAAAAUCCUUCUCCGAUUCGGAAAACAAGGAAUUAUGGAUAACGGCUACUAAUCCAGCGCUCGGCCAGAUAGAGGACCAAGAGGGCUUGGAAUCGUGUUCCGAAUCCGAAUCAUGGGUAACAGCCUCUAAUCUCGCACUUCGUCAUAUAGAAGACCAGGAGGUUAUGAAUUACUGUUCCGAUUCUGAAGGUAAGGAAUCGUGGAUAACGGCAACUAGCGUCGCCAUUCGCCAGAUGGAAGAAAGAUGCCGAGAAAGAAGUCGGACGUUAAAGCAGAGCUACUUAGAGGCACCUUUUAUUAAAACCGGAUCUACAUCUCCAGGAAAAAAUGUAAACCGAAAAGACAGACCUAAAUCCGAUUCCUUUGUGGAAGUUGAGGAGGAAUUUCAUCUGAAGCCAUGCAUCACGCGCAGGACGCUCUCAGACUGCCGACAAGAUCGACAGUUCUCCGUCACGUUCCAGUCCUCAUCUGAUCCAUCUGCCAGACGUAGUGUUGCCAGACCUGCUUUAUUACUCGACGACAUCAGAUACAUUGACGACAGCACGAGGAGCUCGGUUUCCACGUGUCGUGUGGACUCGUGGUCCUCCCCGUGUCCUUUCCCAGUGUCCGAGCCCUUCCUUACAUCCCCCGUUUUAGCUUUUGAUGGGUUUUUCCAAGAGUUCAAACUUCCUAGGCCGGUCCCUCUGACAAAGGAUCACUACGAGCCUCUUAAUGAGGAGAGAGACACCAAACUUGACAGCGAUGUCCAGUUACCGUCAAAGCUGUUUACAGACACGUUGCCUUGGAAACCGCAUUGGGACUUUGAUAAUCAAAGUAUUUAUUCUCUUCAUAUGGAAAAGGAUUUCAGGUACUUCUUCCAGCACCCUUACGCCCGGCUCUUUGUAUCAUAUUUUGUUAUAUUUUGUAAUUUCCUCAUUUUCGCUGAAGACCCAGUCUCGCACAGUCACACGGAGAGCGAGAUUCCAGUAGUUGGGAAUGUCUUCUCUUUCAUAGCAACAAAAUACCCUCCCGAGUGGACCUGGUGUCUCGUAAAGGUGGCGUUAUGGUUGUUUGCCAUCGUUGUAGGCCUCGAAGUUGGAAAGUAUUUUAUCCAUCACUGUCUUUUCCGAAACAUCUUCCGACUAAAAAUGUUUCGGGAAGAACAGGGGACGUGGAUGAUAAUGUUUCUCACCGUCAUCAUCUUCGUUUACAUUUUUUCUCUUGUUUACAAUGCCUUCCUCCUGUCUAGCUAUACCAACCCUGAGCCCUACAGAAUCACGGGAAGGAUGGGUAUCACCAACAUGAGCUUCAUGAAGGUUGCGGCGUCCGGUACCUGGCUAGGAGAUUUUUUCACGGCUUGGAUG